AGGAGGAGGCUUGUGAUUGUGUGGACGAGACUGGAAACAGCUGAUGAUUGUAGCUGUGGAAUAAUAAUAACUGCUGUGGACGUGGGUUUCGUCCCCGUGCUCCGCCGAUGAUGGCUCGAGGAGGCGACAGGAGGAGGAGGAUCAGUCGCUGCGGCUCCUCUGUGACCAAACUUUGACAGAACAACGACAACAAACAGGUUGAAACGACAGAAAACUUCAGUGGUUUUUGUUUUAUUUUCAACCUCAGUCGUUGUUAAACCAUGACGACUUUAUUCUGGGUUAAUCCUUAAUCCUGCCACGGCCAUGAGUGCUGCGGAACACUCUGGACCCAACUCCAACAAACUGGAGUCGGUGAUUCAGAGGCUGGAGGAGAGCGUUUUGUCUGAGGAGAAGAGGUUAACGGUCCGGGGCCCUUCACCCGACGCCCCCCCCACAUGUCUGCCAGCACGAGUGCGAGAGAUCGUCACAAAGAACCUCAGUGAGAGCUCGACGGCGGCCAUGUCCUCGGUCAUGUCCCUGCAGGAGGAGAACCGCGUGCUGCAGGGGGAGCUGGCGAGGCUGGAGGAUCUGCUGGCACACAGCAGAGCGGACCGCGACGAGCUCGCCAUCAAGUACGGCGCCAUCAGUGAGAGGCUGGAGCAGUCGCUACGCUUCGACACCGCAGACGGGGACCAGGACUCGCCGGAGUCUCGCAGCCUGGCUCAGCAGAACGUGGAUCUCCGCAGGCGGCUGGAAGAGGAGCAAGCCGCCUACAAGCGGAAACUCACCGCGUACCAGGAGGGUCAGCAGAGGCAGGCGCAGCUCGUGCAGAAGCUGCAGGCCAAGGUGCUUCAGUACAAAAAGAAGUGUGUGGAUGUGGAGCAGAUGCUGCAGGAGAAGUCGUCUGAACUGGAGAAACACAGGCCGGGAACAUCGAACGGUCGCCAUCAGGAAGAGACGAGCAGCAACCUGGAGGACGCUCUGAUCCGUCUGGAGGAAGAACAACAGAGGAGCAGCAGCUUGUCUGCAGUGAAUGCGAUGCUCAGGGAGCAGUUGGAGCAGGCGGGUCUGGCCAACGAGGCUCUCAGCCAGGACAUCCGCAGGCUCACCGCUGACUGGACAAAAGCCAGAGAGGAGCUGGAGCAGAAGGAAUCUGACUGGAGGCGAGAAGAAGAGUCUUUCCACAGUUACUUCAGCAGUGAGCACAGUCGUUUGCUGAUGCUAUGGCGACAGGUGGUCGGGUUCAGGAGGCAUAUCUGUGAACUGAAGAGCGCCACCGAGAGAGACUUGUCAGAAAUGCGCAACGAGCUGUCUCGCGUGUCCCACUCCGCUCAGGUGUCGUGUGCAAGUCUGUCCACCGCGCUGCACAGCCGCGAGGGAGGAGCGGCGCUGGUUCUGGAGCGGGAGAAAGCUCUGAGGGUUCAGCUGGAGCAGCAGCUGAGGGAGCGGGUGACGGAGAUGAUGAGACUUCAGGCCACGACAGACACGGAGAGAAGUGAGCUCAGUGCCAGGUUAUCGGAUUCAGUGCGAGAGGGCGAGAGACUAAAGGGCCAAAUGGAAGAGCAGGAGAGAGAAAAUGCAGCACUGAUGAGAAGGCUUGAGGAGCAGAGCGGCAGCGAUGAGACUGACAUGCAGACGAUGAGAGUCCACACUGAAGCGUUGUUGGACACGCUGCGAGACAUUGCUCAGACAGUUCUGUCGGACGGAGAGUCGUCUUCAGAAGCGGACCAGGACAACUCUGCGUCUCUGCUGCUGUCCCUGAUGCAUGGCUCCUCCUCCUCCUCCGCCCACCGCUCCUCCUCUCCCCUGAGGUCGUCCUCCCCCUCUCGUCUCUCUGCUCUCCCGGAGGCGGCGCUCUCGGCGCUGCGCUCUGCGGUCGCAAACAAGACGCUCCAGCUGCAGGACGUUCGAGGGCGUCUCGUCUCGGUCCAGUCUUCAUUACAACAACUGCGGAAGCAGCUUUCAGAGGCAGACGCGACCAGAAGAGCUGCGGAGCAACAAAACCAAGCUCUGCAGAGAGAGAGAGACGCUGCACAGAGGGAGAGGGAGAGCGCGCAGAGAGAAAAGGAGCGUCUGAAGCAGGAGCGAGACACACUGACCAGUGAGAAGGUGAGUCUGGAGAAGAACGUUCAGGCCGCUCAGAGCAGCAACCACCUCCUGCAGAUGGACUGUGAGAAGCUACAGCGGCUGGUGGCGUCCACGCAGCGAGAGCGAGAGCACGAGAGGGAGGAGAGGGAGGUCGCCGUUCAGGAGAGAGACCGGGCGAAGGCGGAGACUCAGAGGAUACAGAAGCAGUGGGACCAGAGUGAGAGUCGAGCGUCUGCUCAGCGCGGAGAGCUGUCUGCAGUGAAGGAAACUCACCAGCAGGGGGAGGUUGAGAGGCAGCUCCUGGAGCGGGAGAAAGCCCAACUCACUGAGGCACUCGCCAAAGCAGAGAGCGGUAAUGCGGAGCUCUCGCUGCUCUUCAACAAGCUGCAGUCUGAGGCCGCAGGUCUCAGGGACUCUCUGGCCAAAAUGGGCAGCAUGAACGAAGGCCUGGUCAUCGACAAGAUGAACCUCAACACCUACAUCCUCCAGCUGGAGGAGGAGAAAUCCCUCCUGCUGUCUCAGAAACGCGAGGCAGAGCAGGAGAAGCUGACCCUCCGAGACGAGCUGGUCCGGCUGGAGCAGGACCGGCUGGAGCUGGACUCGGCGCGCGUCACCCUGCAGCAGUCCCUGCAGGAUGUCGAGCUGAGCCGGGCGGGGGUGGAGGCGGAGCUCCAGACUCUCAGGGCCGAGAGAUUUAAGAUGCAGGAGAGAGUCACACAGCUCUGUGGCGAGGUGACCUCGCUGGGGUCAGAGUUGAGCCUCGCCCGAGGGGAGGGUCAGAGGAACGAGGUGGCCCUGGAGGAGGUGGGCCGCGGUCGGGCAGAACUGGCCCGUGACAAAGCGGGCUUGGUGGUGCAGCUCACGGCGUCCGAGAGAGAGAACACCGUGCUCUCGGAGGAGCUGGCCGCGUUCAGGUCUGAGCGGGAGUCCCUGGAGACCAGUCUGUUUGAGGUGCAGCAGCAGCUCGCUCAGGUGGAGUCACGCAGAGAGCAGCUGGAGACCGAGAACCAGAGCCUUCGAGUCCGCUGUGAGACGGCUGCCGCAGAACAGAGGCGUCUUCAGUCCGACGGGGAGAAUGCGUUGGCUCAGGCUGAGAGGGAGAAACAAGCUCUGACUCACUCUCUCAACACUGCACAGCUGGAGGCCCAGCAGGCUCUACGCAAGGCCAUCUCUGAACACCAGGAGGAAGUGCAGAGACUCGUGUCAGAAAAGGAAGUCAUCCGGCACAAACUGUUGAUGGAGCACGAGGCGGUCGUGAAUAAGCUCAGGCAGGAGACGGAGGAUCAUCUCCACAGAGCGCAGAGAGACAGAGAGGAGCUGCAGGACCAGCUGAGGAGUCUCCAGCACGACAGAGAUCAGAGUCUGCUGCAGGCGGAGACUGAGAAACAACAGGCUCUUUUUCUGAGGGAGGCAGAGAAAACAGCGUUGUCUGACAGGGUGUCCAGUCUGCAGGCGGAACUGUCGGCUGCAGCCCUGGAGGCGGAGAGGACGUCCAGAGAAGCGGCACAUUACAAAGAGCAGGAGCAGGCCAGAGUGAGCGCUCUGAGCUCUGAGCUGCUGGAGCUUCGCUCUCAGCUGGACGACGCGACCUUGGAACGCCAGCGUGAGCUCCACAGUCUGCGGGAGAGUCGCGCCGACCUUCAGUCGCGCGUGGAUGUUGCUCUCAAAGAGCUGGAGCAGUGCCGAGCUUCUCUCUCAGCGACCGAGGAGAGCCGAGACCAGCUGAGACGGGACCUGCUGGACACGGAGCGUCGCCUCGGCCAAACCCAGGAUGUGACGGAAAACCACCGGCGGGAGAGCGCAGAGCUGCGGCGCAGCCUCCUGGACGCCAGCAAGGAGAGAGACACUCUCGGCCAGUCAAACACUCUGCUGCGGGAAACGCUGCGGAAUGUAGAAACGGAGAGAAUCGGUGUGAAGCGACAGUGUGAGGAGAAGGAGCAGAGGCUGGCAGUGCUGGAAGAGAAUUUCUCCUCCGCUCAGAAGGAGGUGACGGAGCUCCGCAGCUGCCUGAGAGAAGUUGAGAGGUCACGACUUGAAGCUCGUCGAGAACUGCAGGAGCUCCGCAGACAGCUGAAGGUCCUGGAGGGAGAGAAGGAGCAGAAAGCCAGGGAGGUGGCCGAGCUGCAAACUCGUCUCUCACUGGAGGAGCAAAGAGAAGAAGAGAGGGGGAGAGACUCUUUCCUCCUGAAACAGAAGUUAACUGAAGCUGAAGCAGCGAGAGUCUCGCUGAAAAAGGAGCUUUCUCUGAUUCAGAAGCGUCUGCUGGAGUCCGAGUCCGGCUGGCGUGGCUGCGAGAGGGAGCUGACGGCUCAGCUGCAGGAGGCGCGCGGCUGCGAGAAGAAGCUUCAGGACGAAGCCAAGAACCUGUCGGUGCGCGCGCAGGCCGCCCAGGACUCCGCCGCCCAGUGCGGUCUGCAGCUGAGCGAGGCUCAGGGUCGCCUGGUCGCCACGGAGGCCGAGCUGGCCCGCGCAGAGGUCGGCAGGAGGGAGCUGGAGUUUCGCCUGAGCAGCCUCCAGUCGGCGCUGACGCGCACGCUGGGGAUCGGAGCGUCCGGCAGAGGAGGUCGGGGGAGAAGCCCGGGCGGGAGCUCCACGUCCCCCGGCAACAUGUCACGCCACCACAGCAUCUCACCACUGCGCUCCUCACUGUCGCCUCCUAAAGGUUUUCGAGGAAGCACGCCUGACAACACUUUAGGCUCAGGAGCGGUUUCUCCUGAGAGAGGGGAAACGCCGCUGCCUCUCCCUCAGCCCGAGCUGGACCCGGAGACGCUGCGGAGUGGACUGAGAGACUUCCUCAAGGACCUGCGAGACGCACAGAAGGAGCGGGAUGACGCUCGAUGUCAGCUGCUGGCCGUGCAGCGAGAGGUGGACGAGCUGACGCGGGAAAGAGACUCCGCUCAGAGUCGCCUCACUCAGCUGCAAAACGCCAUUCAGGAAUAUCAAGAUGGGCGGCGCGGUCUGGACGAGCGUCUGACCACAACUCAGAUUUUGCUCCAGCAGCAGGAGGAGAUGGUGAGGAGAGGAGACAAGGAGAGGAGAGCGCUCACCGACAGGGUGAAGGAGUUAGAGCGAGCGCUGCAGGCCUCUGAGCUGGAUAAGAAACACACACAGGAUCAGCUCAACAAGCAGCGUGCGGCUGAGGUGCGCCUGGAGGCGGAGAGGAAGCGACUGCGGGAGGCGCUGGAAGCGGCCGAGGCUCGGGCCACCAGGCUGGAACUGGGCAGACGCAGUCUGGAGGGGGAGCUGCAGAGACUCAAACUGAGCCUGGGAGACAGAGAGGCAGAGAGCCAGGCCUCCCAGGACCGACAUGAGUCGCUACUCAAACAGGUGGCCGAUGGAGAAGCCCGUGUGUCUCUGCUGCAGAGGGAGGUGGAGCGGCUGAGCGAGGCUCUGCUCAAAGCUCAGGAAGGCGAAUCUUUACUCCGAGAGAAAAGUAUUUCUCUCAACCAGAGCCUUCAGGAAGUGGCGGCGUCUCACAGCAGCACGCACAGUCGUCUGGUUGCUCUGCAGAAGACGCUGAGUGUGGCUGAGCAGGACAGGACACAUCUACAAGAACGCGUGGAUGAAGUGCGGGCGUCGUCUUCUGAAGCGAGGACGAACAUCUCCGCCCUCACUGAGAAAGUCCAAAGUCUGCAGAGUGAUCUGAACCAGAGUGAGCAGAGACGAGAGGAGCUGGAGGCUGAGCUCACCAACACGAAAGAGGCCCUGCGUCAGCGCUCGGCUGCUCUGGCGGAGGCUCAGCACGGCGUCCAGUCGGCUCAGACAGAGCGGGCCACUCUAGAGGAGAGGCUGCGUGGGCUGCAGCGAGCGCUCGCCAUGCUCGAGAUGGAGAAGAAAGAUGCCGAGCGACAGGCUGUGAGGCUGGAGAAGGACAAGAAUGCACUGAGGAACACGCUGGAUAAGGUUGAACGUCAGAAGCUGAAGACUGAAGAGGGCAGCAUGCGGCUCUCUGCAGAGAGGAGUCGCUUGGAUCGCUCACUGAACACAGCUGAGCAGGAGCUGCAGGAGGCACAGCAACAGAUACUCAUGCUGCAGACUCAGCUGGCUGAAACAGAGCAGUCGCACAGCCUCUGUGAGAGUUUAGGGAAGCAGCGCGAUGAAGCUCAGAGGGAGAUGGAGAGACUGAGGACAGACAUCAGGGACAUCGAGCGAACUCUGGGCACCAGAGAACGAGCUCACCGACACCGAGUCAAAGGCCUGGAGGAGCAGGUGUCCACCCUGAAGGAGCAGCUGCAGCAGGAGAUAAAACGGCGCCAGCCUUCUUUGCCGUCGUCCAUAAUGUCGGCGGGAAACUGAAGACGCCGCUCGAACCAGGGAAAAUCCACUCGACGUGAAUAUCUGAGAGCAAUAUUUACCCACACAAACAUUCCUAAGUGUUAACAAAAGUAUUUGUUGUAUUUUCCGCGACGGAAACGACCACUAGUCUCGUUGUGAUGAUGGUGUUUUAGUUACACUGAGCACAGUGAAGAACACACAGACGUGACAGACUGCAGUGUUCUCGUCCAGACAACAAUCUGGAUGCAGUGUAGGAAGGAAGCUGGCGCUUUCACACACAGUUUGGCUUUAAUACGCUCACAAAUGUAUUACUAAGGCCUUGUCUGUGUAUGAGUGCCAUGAAACGAAUGAAGGAAGUUUAUUUUUUGGAAAGCAGACAGUAUAUUAGGUAUUAUAUAAUGUUUUUAACAGAGAAAAUGGUUCAGAAGUGGCACAUCAUUAUUUUUAAUAGUGUAGUUUAGGUGUAUAUACUUUUUACUCACUGUAUGAAGGCAGAUGAUUAACACUAAGGCUUGUGGGGACACAUCGAAGCCACAUUAAGCCACACAAAGUCACUAAAUCCAUCUCCCUUGUCUGCCUGGCGUGUUUCCCACCGUCUCUUAUCGCCUCCGACACAAGAAUCAAACCGAACAAAGCCGAACUGUAGAUCUAACAAUCCCAAAAACGUGGCUUAAAUGUCUAGAAUUUCAAUAUUUAACAGAGGAGUUAAAACAAAUCUUUUUAAUGAACUGAUUCUAAUGAUUCACUUACACUGAAAACAGCGGCUUUACAAGUCACGAGUCACUCGUUUGUGUGUCGCGUGGAAAACAACACGUUCGGUCUGUACUUUUUUCUAGUGGAAAUGCUAAACCGUGCCGAGGCGAGGCGAGGCGGGGCGGGACCAUGUCGUGGAAAAGAGCCAUUUGACUCAGUCACACUCACGAAACAGCUUAGUUAAAAAAAAAAGUUUUAUUUUUUUUCUCAGUCUUUAUAGUGACAGUUUUACAAAGCAGUAGUACAGAGGCGGCUCGUGAGGUGCCUUUUCAGGGCACGCGUUGCCUCGGGGGGUUGGGGGGGUGCACCGGCGUGCGCUCGCAGCUUUGGUUGCUAAGCACAGAUCCACCACGCGGCGGCACAAAAACUGAGGUCACUCACCACCUGUCUGCCUCCUCUCACGUCUCACGGUCUUCUACAGUGAGACUGCCGACGGCCCCCACAUACCAAUUAGUUUUGUCCGAUGUCAGUGCACAGAUCAUCGUGACAACGACUGCGUCUCAACACAAAGUACAGUAACGUGUGUCAAACAAAGCAUUAGAGAGAUUAAUGUGAUACAAACAAAACAACACUACAUGUUUGCAGUUUUAUGUGCUUCUCUAAAGGUUAACUCUUUAUAGCACCAGUGUGAUGUGUUUAUAGCACCAGUGAUUCAUACAAUCAUCAAAGUUAUAUUUAACCAUACACGGGAUCUACUGAGCGGGAGGAGGAGGAGGAGGAGGAGGAAGAGGAGGAGUUGAGCCUAACCUAACACAAGAGUAAUGAGUUGUGGUAGAAGAGUCAGGAGGAGGAGGAACAAGCGGAGGAUGUGGACAGGUUGAGGACGUGGGCAGGUCGUGUCCCUGACCGACCUCGCGACUGGAUCAGCAGCCGCCGCAGCUUUUCCCGCAGCUCCCUCCUAGUGACGCACACUGUCCGCUCAGCGCUGCCACGCCACAGCGAGAGAACUGGUCACGACACAGGUCCGCUAAAGACACACACACACACACACACAGACAAGAGGAGUCAGGCUUAAGUGGAACACGCACAUAAACACGGACUAAGCGGAACACACCUCUGAGCAGCUCCUCGUGUGCGCACACGGUCCUCACGCACACCUCCUUGUUGAUGACGUAGACCCGUCGCAAACUGAAUAAGACACACACACACACACACACACACUGAAGUACGAGUGAUUGAGUUAAGUUAAGUUAAGUGUUUUUGAUGCGGCCACAGCUGCAUCACUACGUCAUCUGUGCAAUAAAACUUCUUCUGUUCAACA